GUAAAACAGUGUCAUCCAAUUAUGGUGAAACAUACCGAGUAAAAUAUAACUACACUGCAAACAAUGCAGAUGAAGUGACUGUCCAUGCUGGUGACAUCAUCACAGUGAUAGAAUCAGCAAAAGAUGGAUGGUCAACAAUAAUAACCAAUGACAAGGUACGUGUUAAACAUUUGAAGAGGUAAAAUUGUGAUGUGCGGUUUGUUGAUAGUUCAUAAUUUCGAGCAGUGAGGAAAAUUCGGUCAAAAAUCAAAAGUCCCAAAAAGGUCUUUUAUUUUUUAAAAUAUCCACAAUAUUGCUUUAAAAUGCAAUAUUAUAUUCUCCCUUGAUUAAAUCAACACAAUUCGUACUAGCACAGUGCAUGCCAAAAGAACUCGCAAUAUUGUAAAUAUUUCGCCAAACACGCAUGCGAUUUUUCACUAAUACUUCUCGAACCGUGUAAUUUUCUAUACAAAUUGUACCAUUCCAUGCACGCAAAAAUUCACGCACUAACCCGGCUCUUCACAAGUUCUGAUCAAGGUGGUUACGAGUUACCCUGGGUUCAGAGGUUUUCUAAUGUCAAAGUUUUAGCAACAGCAAACCCCAUGAUCCAAGGUAGUUACGAGACGGAAAUAGUUGCGUCAAAAAAGCACAGGUUCAUCUUGGGACAUAUAGAAACGGGCCAGCUUCAUUAUCCGAAACUACUUAAGUAAUUUUAAGAGUGAAUUAAUGUUUUCGAGUACCGUCCUAAAGCUAAACGACUUGCUUAUAUUUACUUAGAGAGGACAAGUGCCAACUACCUAUGUUGAAAAAUAUGAGGUAAGGCGAACGAAAUGGCCGUCGCAUGAGCGAUCGAUUUAAGGUGAAAUUGUGUUUACGACAUUGAAAUAUUAGACCUAGAAUGCGUGCUCCUGUAUCAGUAAAAAAGUGACUCCACAUUAGAAUUCAAAAUGGCUGAUUUAUAAGGGCAUUUUUGGAUCGCCCCAGCACAGAAUAUUAAUUUUUUCAGAAUAUGGUAUAAAAUAUGUUUAUUUUCACUUUUAAAGACAUAUCCACGUUUUACCAGAUUGGGGAUGAUAAAAUUUCUAGGUCCUCAAUCAUUAUCAGAAAAGACACUUAACACUGACGUUUGGCGGCGGAAGUAAUUACUAUGCAAGAAAUCGGUAUGCACUGGAAGUGACGUCAUCCCCAUCCAGGGUAAUUUCCCAUUUAUGACGUCAUCACCCAAGACAGAAUAAAUUUCCCGCCAUAUGUCGUCGGUGUAAUUGAGGUUCGAAUACCAUGUUGCCGGCAGGGAGCGAUUCAUUAUGCAUUUUCCUUUCCAGUCAUCACGCUUUUAAAAGCCACUGUUAUGAAUGAUUUUUAUAUAUUUUUAUUUAGAGUGGAAAAGUGCCUGCUAAAACAUGUGGAAAACCACCCAUUCCAUUAACAAAGCCGGUCGUUAUCACGGAGAAAAAGCCGAGCGCAGUUCAAAGACCAACCAAACUACCACCUUGUCCGCGGCAAAACCCCUGA